UGCAGCAGCUCCCCCAGCGCCCUGGCCCGGACACGCAAACACACAAUCCGGAGGCGAAGACUGAGCCAGGGUGAGGAGAGAAAAAAAGGAGCAAAACAGACUGAUUUUAAUAAUGCUAAAAAUAACCGUGUCAAUACUCCCUCUGUCUGGGGAGCCACGGAUCACUUUCUAAGGCACUUUCCCAUCUUCCUUCUCCAUGGCUGGUAGCAAGAGCCCUGGAGCGGAUUCAGGCCCCCCUCCCCCCAGCUUCCAGACCAAGCUCUCCUGAGCCACUCAUGGGAUCUUUGGUGAAGGACUUCACCCAGUGAGAUCUCAGUGCCCCUGUCUGCACAAAGGAGGUGGCAACCCUAGCUCUGUGUACCUCUGAGAGAUACAGGAAGAGCUGGAGUCCUUGGAGGGUGAGUCUGUCAUUUAACAGAUGAGCAAAUUGAGGCAUGAAGAUGGGGGCGAGGGGGCCACUCAAGAUGGAGAGAGAUGUGGUGCAUCUGCUCCCUGGGAAAGCCAGGGUGAUGUCCCCCAUGAAGGAAACAGCUGCUCACACAGCUCACACAGACCCUCCCGGCAGCCCCACAGGAGGCCAAAUGUGGAUCAGGCAACCCUGUGUUAGAGAUGAGGAAGUCAAGGCCCAGAGGGUGUUCCAGCCUGGCCCACGUCAGCAGGGCUCAACCCCAGCCUCUUGACUCCCACAAAGACCUUCUCCAAACAGGCAGUGCCAGUGGACCCUUGAGGUGGCAGUGCCUGACCAAUACAACAUGCAUGACUGAGGUCUGGAUCCAAGAGGGUCACGUCCCUUCCCCACCCAGCUGUCUCUCUCAGCACUAUCCCUGGACGGUCUGGACAUUGUACUCUUCUGUCAUUCCUGGCUGACCCCUGUUUUAUCACAAAUGGCCACUAUCCAUAUCCAGAUCACUUGCUGGGAUCUAGCUGGCCUUGCCUGUGACUGGACCCACCACUAACCACUCUCCCAUCAGCUCCUCCAACCUCCCUGAUGCAUGAGGACACCAGCACUUCCUGGACACUUGCCACGGCCCCUGCAUAAGCCUAUCACCACUAACCAGACGCAGAAGCCCAGGCCCAGAGAGGGUUUGCCCGGUCCCUGGGCGGGUGGUGUGGGAAACUGCAUUUUGAGACUCGGGCAGGACACUCACAGUCCUCCCGGGGUUGCAACACAUUGACUUUCAGGUUCCCACACUUCCCCUGGGCCCUCCACCCUCUGAAUUACUAGAUCCUUCCCCAACACCCCUGUGCAUCUCUGCACCAUCUUCCUUCUACCUGCUAUAAUGUUCUCCCCUUCCUCUUUCUGCCAAUUUCUUAUUCCAUCCUCAAGUUCCAGCUAAAUGUCACCUCUUCUGUGAGGUCUUCCUGGAUAGCCCCUGGCAGAGCUGGCUUCUCUCCCCAGUGAGAGCCUGCCCAGUUACUCAGACCUCCACCAUGACCACCCCUGACUGUGUCAUAAUGGGCAGCCAGGUGCUCUUAUCUAACAGUCUGCAGACACUCCUCUCAGCCAUUCAGUGUCUGUGUUACCUUGGAGAAAUUAUUCAACCUCUCCAUGUCUCAGUAUCUUCAGCUAAAAUGUGGCUUUCGGUAGACCUGUUCAAGCCUUGCAGAAGACUUAGAAUACUACCUGGCAGAUGUCGUGUGCUCAAAAAAUGUUAAUUACUACUGCUGUCAGCAAUAUCACCACCACCAUCAUCAUCACCAUCACCAUCAUCACCAUCAUCAUCACCACCAUCACCAUCAUCACCACCAUCACCAUCAUCAUCACCAUCACCACCAUCACCAUCAUCAUCACCACCGUCACCAUCAUCAUCACCAUUACCAUCAUCACCAUCACCACCACCAUCAUCAUCACCAUCAUCACCAUCAUCACCACCAUCACCAUCAUCAUCACCAUUACCAUCAUCACCAUCAUCACCAUCAUCACCAUCAUCAUCACCAUCAUCACCAUCACCACCAUCACCAUCAUCAUCACCAUUACCAUCAUCACCAUCACCACCACCAUCACCAUCAUCACCACCAUCACCAUCACCACCAUCACCAUCAUCACCACCAUCAUCACCACCAUCACCAUCAUCACCACCAUCACCAUCAUCACCAUCAUUAUCACCACCACCAUCAUCACCAUCACCACCACCAUCAUCAUCACCAUGAUGACCACCAUCACUAUCAUCACCAUCACCAUCAUCACCAUCACCAUCACCAUCAUCACCACCAUCAUCACCACCAUCACCAUCAUCACCACCAUCACCAUCACCACCAUCACCAUCAUCACCACCAUCAUCACCACCAUCACCAUCAUCACCACCAUCACCAUCAUCACCAUCAUCAUCACCACCACCAUCAUCACCAUCACCACCACCAUCAUCAUCACCAUCAUGACCACCAUCACCAUCACCACCACUACCAUCACCAUCACCACCACCACCACCAUCACCAUCACCAUCACCAUCAUCAUCACCACCAUCAUCAUCACCAUCACCAUCAUCACCAUCACCAUCAUCACCAUCACCACCACCAUCAUCACCAUCACCACCAUCACCAUCACCAUCACCAUCAUCACCAUCACCAUCAUCACCAUCACCAACAUCGCCAUCACCACAAUCACCACCACCACCAUUGUCACUAUCACCACCACCACCAGCAUCAUCACCACCAUCACCACCACCAUCACCAUCAUCAUCACCAUCACCACCACCAUCAGUAGCAGCAUCUCCCUUACUUGACUUCCCAGGUCCUUGCAGGUAGGGAAUACGCACAAGUCAUCUUUGUCUCUCUAGACUGGUGCCCUGGCACAUAGUAGGACAUAGUAGGUGCUUCUAACCUUGUUAGAUGAUAAGGUGGACAGGCAGGUGGGCACGUGGAUAAAUGAAUACAUGAAGGGGCAGGUAGAUGGUUGAAUGAGUGGCUGAAAGGAUGGGUGGGUGUGUGGGUAAAGAGGGAUGGAAUGGAUGAAUGAGUCAGUGAAUGAGUGAGUGCACCGCUGUAAGAAGCGCAGAUGGGUGGCUGAGUUGGUCCCUCCCACACCCAGGCUUCAAAUGCUGAGCCGCUUAGUAACAGCAGACAUCACAGUGUCCCCAUGGAGCCAUGAUAUUAAAAUCCCUGAAGGCUGCGUUGUCAAUAUCCGGGGGAGAUUAUCUCUGGAGCCAUCAGCAGCAGGAGUGGGCCUCCCACUUCCCGGGCCCUCAGUUCUGCUGGGGCAGAUGACACCUCCCUUUCUGAGCUUCUGCAGAGGGACCAAGCAAUGCCUGCAGAGUCUUGCAGGUUCUGGCUCGCUGGGCUAGGCAGCUCCUUCCUGCUUCAGACCCCAGGGGAAGUCUGGGGCAUGCCAGGACUGGGGCAGUUAGCACCCUGGCUGUGGGCAUGGUCCCCACCCACCCACACCCAGGCCUUCCAUCCUCCCUCUGAAAAGCUCUGCAGCUUGGGUUUUCCUCCAUCCCUGCCAUCGCUCCUGUCCAGUCUCUUGCCAGCCUCCAGGUACCUCUGUCCCCACCCCUCAUGGCUCUGCUGCUGGGGGCACACAGAGCUCCCAUCCCCUACUGAAAAAACCACAUGCAAAGUGAAGUGGGCAGAUGGCAGCCCAGCUCUUGGGUCCCCCACCCAACCCCCAGGGCCACCACAGGGCUUGCUUCUGCACUUGGGUUCUACUUUGUUUGGGCAGGACCCCUUCACAUCCUCAAAAUUAGCAAGCACCUCCGAAAGCAUUUGUUUGUGUCGGUUUUAUUUAUCCAUGCUGAUGGUGUUAGAAACAAAAUAUACAUUAAAAAUGUUAACUCAUUUGAAAAUUACAUAUUGAUGC